AUGGCAGCGUCCUCUCCCGCCGCCGCCGUGGGCUCGGAGCUGCCGCCGGAGCCGGGCGGCAGCGGGGGCCCCGGCGAGGGGGCGGACGAAGAGCGGGAGCUGCCGCUGGCGCGGCUGGUGCCCGCGAGCCGCCUGAAGGAAGCGGUGGGCGCGUCCCUGGCGUCGCUGUGCCUCGGCCCCCUCGGCGGAGCCCAGCGCCUCGGGACCCUCGUGGACUGCCUGGUGCUGAACUACCGCCUGCGGCAGGGGCCGCGCCGGGGCCGGGAGCGCGGGGCCGAGGGGCCGCUGCGCUGCUGCGGCUGCCGGAGGUUCCUGGGCGAGCCGGUGACCGUCCCGUGCGGGCACACCUAUUGCCGCCGCUGCCUCCGCAGGGAGCUGCGGGCCCGCUGCCGCCGCUGCCGGGACUGGCUGCUGCCGGCGGGGGGCACCAGCACGGCCGCGGCCCCGCUGCGCACCAGCGUCGUUCUCAACCGGCUGGCGGAGAAGUGGUUCCCGGGCGAGUGCGAGAGGGCGAGGGCAGGGACUCGGCUGGAGGAGCUGCUGACCCAGGGCCGCUUCCGAGAGGCGCUGGGCGCCGCCAACCAGGCUCUGCGAGCAGAUUCCAGUGACUUGAUGCUAAGAAUUUACAGAGCUGAGUCAUAUGUUGGCCUCCAAGAAUAUAAAACAGCCAUAGAAGAUCUAAAUUUUGUUAUUUCCAAAAUGCCAAAUUGGCCAGAGGUCUACUUUCAGAAAGGAAAAGUUCUGCAAGACUCUGGCUUUGUAGGAGAUGCCUUACAACUGUUUCUACAGUGCUUAGCCCUUGAUGAGGACUUUCUUCCAGCCAAGCUAGAAGUAGAAAAGAUAUUGUGUGAUGUUUUGUCACCAGAGAAGUUAGGUGAGAGUCUGAAGGAAUCUGCUUGGAAUUCACCCCAUAUUAGAAAUAAACCUUUUAUACAUGGUUCUGAGGUGACUGCAUCUUACUGCAACUUACAGCUUUGUCCUCCACAGAGUUUAGGGGGAUCAGAUGUACUGGAGCCUGUGAGUGGAGGCUUAAAUCGUGCACAGUCUGCCCAUGCUCUUAACUCAACAAAAGACCUUGCCAAGGAAGAUGGCUUAAAGAGAGUGUCUUCUGAACCCCUCCUGUCUGGCCAAGGAAAAGGUGCUUUGUUAAAAAGAAAGCUUUCCUUUUCAGAACAGGAUACAGUUGUAUGUGAAGAUGGAAGAAACAAACACAAAAAGCAAGGAGAAAGUACAAAAAGGGACAUAACACUGGCUUUUGGAGCAAUCCCAGGGGAUUUGAUUGAUGUAUCAGAUUUUGAGUGCUCUCUAUGUAUGAGGGUAUUCUUUGAGCCAGUAACAACCCCUUGUGGACAUACUUUUUGCAAAGGUUGUUUGGAACGGUGUUUAGAUCAUGCUCCACAGUGUCCACUCUGUAAGGAGAGUUUGAAAGAGUACCUUGCAAGCAGAAAAUACAGUAUCACAGAACUGCUGGAGGAGUUAAUAAUGAAAUAUUUGUCUGAUGAAUUAUUUGAGAGAAAAAGAAUUCAUGCUGAAGAAACUGCAGAACACUCCAACUUGACCAAGAAUGUUCCAAUGUUUGUUUGCACUAUGGCAUAUCCUACUGUGCCUUGUCCUCUACAUGUAUUUGAGCCAAGAUACCGACUCAUGAUUCGCAGGAGUAUGGAAACUGGAACGAAACAGUUUGGGAUGUGCAUAAGUGAUUCUCAAAAUGGUUUUGCAGAUUAUGGUUGCAUGCUGCAAAUUAGGAACGUUCAUUUUCUACCUGAUGGACGUUCUGUUGUUGAUACAAUUGGUGGAAAGAGAUUUAGAGUUUUACGGAGAGGGAUGAAAGAUGGUUAUUGCACUGCAGACAUUGAAUAUUUGGAAGAUGUUAAGGUUGCUGAUGAAGAACUAAAGAAAUUGAGAGAGCUGCACAAUUUUGUUUACAAUCAGGCCUGCAGUUGGUUCCAAAACUUAAGAAACAAAUUUCGCACUCAAAUUCUUCAGCACUUUGGACCAAUGCCUGACAGGGAGGAAAAUAUACAGGCAAUGCCCAAUGGUCCUGCUUGGUGUUGGUGGCUUCUAGCUGUUCUCCCAGUAGAUCCCAGGUACCAGCUGUCAGUUCUCUCCAUGAUGUCUUUAAAAGACCGACUGAUAAAAAUCCAACAUAUACUCACCUAUUUUUCUAGAGACCAGUCCAAGUGACUAACCGCCUGGGUCUUCCUGAAAAGUUACUCUGUUCUGGUUGUAGUAGCAGCUGGAAUUUUUGCUGCCUUUGCACAUCUAGCACUGGUUUGAGAAGUGUAAUGGAACCGUUUUUUCUCUCCACCCUCCUGGCUUCCUGAACCACAUGGUUCAUUGGAUGCACAUGUUCUUCAGCUAUGAGAGAAGACCACUGACUAUUGCACAGAGUCAAUCCAGCUAGAUACGUUUUUCACGUUAUCUACAUUAAAAUUUGCACUAUGUAGAAAAGAACCUUUUUGAGACUUGAUCGUUUUAGGAAUUGACUUUUCUAAGCUGUGGAAGUGCAGGACUUAAGGCUGACAGUCCAAGUUUACAACAUUGAGGAGGUAAUAAAGGUUUUGCAAAUGUUUGCCUCAAACAACUUUUUUUGCUGUUUGCACAAAUAUUUGAAAUACAGUAUUGAAUGUCACAGUUAUUACUACUCUUGUUUAACUAACUUGACCAUGAAUAUGGCACAGAUUUUUUUAAGUUAUCUUGUAAAGGUAUGCAUCACAAAACAAGUGACAUGAACUGUAUGCUGAGCUGAGAGCCAACUUUAAGGAACAAAUGCAGAAAAAAAUGGUACUUCUGUCUAAAAAUACUUAAAACUGUGAAUAUGGUUUACAUACCUAGGCGUGUACAUUUUAAAGAGGAAACUGAAAUCUAAAUGCUAGUACCAGUUACAUUUCUACUGGGCUUUUCAGACUAUUCUUCCAGAGCACACACUUAGUUUGUAGAGCUUAGAAGAAGAAAUGUUAAGUGUGCGUGUGUCUGUCGGGGAUUGUGCUUCCAGGAUUCAAAAGCUUAAAGUUUUAUUUGAACUUUUUAAGUUGGUGCAAAUGUGAGUUCUAUGCCUUAUUCAUAUAAAUAGUAGAGCACACUGCAGUGGCAAGGUUAGCAUCAUGCUGCCAAUAGGUACUUUUUGUAAUUAAAGGUUUGCAUAUUUGUGAAUAUGUCUGAUACUGGCUUUCUUGUAUGUAAAUCAUUUGUAAAAUAUUUCUUAAAUCUUGCUUUUGCUAAUAUAUUUAAUUUUCAAUAAAAGCUAAAAAUUUGUAAUAUUUUUAACUUUAUCAGAAACUUAAAAUCACUUUCCUUUUCCAUAUUCUGGGAUCUUAAGUAAAUCCAGAAGCUGCUGUUUAACCUACAUUAAGGUUGUGACCACUUCAUGACAUAAACUGGUAUGUUCAUAAUCUGUUUCUGAUUAUAGUACCUGUCUCAGACUGAUCAUUUGUCAGACAAGUUUUUCCUUGUGUCCUGCUUUUAUUCUACUUUAUUUAAAUCAGGUAUGAAGUCUGCAUUUUGCAAAACUUAAAAGUGGUAGGAAACUGUCCUUGCAGAGCAGUGAGGUAUUUCACUGAAUUGCUAGUCAGAUACUCUGGCCUUGUUCUCUUCUGGAGUUCAAGGCUGGAGAUAUUACAGGUAGCCUGAAAUCUGCUGGAUCAUCUUCCAAUAUCAGUUUCUAUCUAGGGUAAAUUUCCCCUUUAGGGUCUGACUAAAGUCCUUGGUGAAUAUUUGGAAAGCUUUAUUUGCAUAAUAAAAGAAGAAAGGGAAUCCUCUAUUUUUCCACUUCUGUAUGCGAUACCCUUAGAAAUGUAAUCUUUGUAUCACAAUGAUCUUCUUAAGAAUGCAGGUGGCAGGAUUUUUUUUUUUGUCAGUGAAAAGUCCCUGUAACCAAGCUUGAAAUACCCAAAUAAACUAGUUGUAAUUGUUUUUUUUUUCAUUCUCACCAA